AUGAGUCCCCGUAUCUGCUCAUGCACCCUUUGUGGGUCAGUUAUUGCUGAUGUACCGGGCAACGUCUCAUGGUUGAAUCAGUUUCGCGGUCUCUCUUCCAGCCCAACGGGCAUCAUUCUCACAGGCGUUGGGUUAUACGAUGAUCCGGGAAGGGGAGCGUUCAUCGCCCCCGUCGACCCCGACGGUCGGUGGGACGACCCAACCUAUGAAAGUCCGGAGGAGGACCAAUUCGGCGCCAUGAGCCAGGGUGAAGUCAACAGAAGACACGGCUUCGUAUUCCACGAAGCUUGCUGGGAUCUCUUGGAGAAGGCCUUUCAUCCGAGAAAGGUGCCAUUGUCGAGACUAUUCGACAUAUGCAGAUCGCUUCCAUUCCCAAUAAACGGCGUGAGUAUCAGUUGGGGCCACGACUACGGGGGGCCAGUCCUCGUUGAUCAUGAACAUCGUUUUCCGUGGGAAGAUCGGUUUGCGGACCGAGAAUACUUGGAGCCCGAUUCUGUUCUCUACAUGAACCCUUUUGAGGUCCCAGAGGUACAACACAUGUUGACUGAGGUUCCCGAGUCGCCACCAAGCUCAACACUUUCUGUUUCUACCAUAGUGACGCCAGGACGAGACCGCCUUGAUACACUUCCUGGGGAGAUUCGAUCAGUGAUCGCUAUGUAUCUGCCGACACUGGAUGUGCUGAACCUUCGCCUAGCCUCACGCGUGUUCUGGACCGUAUUUGACAGCCAACAAUUUUGGGCAUCAAGAUUCAGAGACGUUUCAGACCGCUCAUGGCUCUUUGAAGCCCGGGACAGCGCGCAGCCUCGAGACUGGAGAUGGUUGUAUCGACGAACAAACGAUGCCCGUAUAGGCCCCGGCCUACGGAACAGGGUUCGUAUUUGGAACCUGGCCCAGAAGGUUGUGGAGACGCUGAGUUUCCAUUGGGUCGAUAUUGGCCUGGCAUCUCCCCCGAAGCCAGAGUCGUCUCGGUGGGUGCACGUGGCCGGCGACUUGUGGGAGCAGCUGGCCGGUGCCGCUUACGCCCUCUUUGACCGAGGUUGUCGUCUCUUCCACAAGCACCGCAUAGCCAUCUUCGAUGACCUAUCGCGGCUUUCUAUCGCUUGUGUUCAAGUAGGCGACACCAAGUAUAUCUCUGGACUGAAGAUCACCACUGCCGCGGGAAACACUCGUCGGGUCGGGUACUGGAGCACAACCGAGCAAUCCGUGGAAACUUCCGAGAUUCGAGGAUUCAAAGUGGCUGUAGGAUCACGGGGUGUUCAAGCUCUCCAGUGCAUUCCUGGAGCGUCUGAUAUGCAGCACUGGAUUGGCAGUCCGGAAGGAUCGCUCAAGACGCAGCGUCUAGGUAUGGGUGGCCGCGUGACAGAACUUGAGGUCGGGUUUGAUAUUCUUUUGCGCCGAGGGACCAUUACUUGGACGGAUACAAACCAUUGUUUUGGACUUCUUUCGGUGGCCCGGGGGGGCGUUUACCUUCGGAAUCUCACCAGUCUCACCGCCAUCUGGGGUGGCGGCGGCCUACGUCGCAUCGAUUUCGCAUACGACGUGCCAGUUCCGUCUGAGCAUCAGACGUUUGGCUGCCAAGAGUCUGGAGAGUGGACAAAGACCAUCAACUUCGCGAUCGAUGGACCCGGAGGCGAACUCAUCGACAAGAUCGAGGUGUUCCAGCAAUACCGCGACGCAGGUUACCCUUGGUUGGUUGAGGAGGGAACUCUAGUUGCUUUCAGGGCAACUGCAUAUCGCACCCGAUUUCCUUCUUUCUGGGGUAGCUUGAGUGACCGAAUCCAGGAUACGGGUGAAACCAAGAAGGUCACACAGGAGAUGGAAUACUCUGAAGACAACCACCAACUUCAAGAGACGUGGUCAUCGCAAAGUUCACAGGCCAUGGCCACAGGGAAGGCUGCCCACACUCGAUGGCUAGGAUUCGACAUUAUCGUCCUGGUCGGAGUAGACCGGGGUGGCUUCCUUCAUCAACCAGUCCAUUACUUAUUACCAAAAGCCGUAAUCUACUCAGUCCCUAUGCUUAAUCUGCAGUCGGCCAUCAAAAAGCCCACAGUCGUCGUAGUGGAAGACGACGUCGGCGGCCUUCCAGCCAAGAACCGAAGCACUCAAUGGGCCAAUGUUGAAGAUCGCUGA